GUGAUGAUCCCGCGCGAGCGGCUCAUGGAAACCGCCCGGAAGGUCUACCGCUCGUACGGCUACGCGCCGAUCGAUACGCCGGCUUUGGAGUACCUCGAGAUCCUCACCGGCAAGGGCUCGGACGAGACCGACAAGCAGCUCUAUCGCUUCAAGGACCACGGCGGCCGCGAUGUCGGCCUGCGGUUUGACCUCACGGUGCCGCUGGCGCGCUUCGCCGCGCAGCACGCGCAGCAGCUCGGCCUGCCGUUCAAGCGCUACCACAUCGCGCCGGUGUGGCGCGGCGAGAACACGCAGCGCGGCCGCUACCGCGAGUUCGUGCAGUGCGACUUCGACACGGUCGGCACAACGGCGCUCGCGUCGGACAUCGAGACCGUGCUGGUGAUCCACGAUCUGAUGCGCGCAAUCGGCUUCGAGCGGUUCACGAUCCGCGUCAAUCACCGCGGCGUGCUCAACGGUUUGUUAGAGACGCUGGGCCUCGCCGAGUGUUCGACCGAGGUGCUCCGCGCGCUCGACAAGCUCACGAAGAUGGGCGCCGACAAGGUCCGCGCCGAACUCGCCGCGACCGCCGGCGCGAGCGAUGAGCAGUCCGACAAGCUGCUGGCGUUCGCCGGCGUCACCGGCUCGGCCGAAGAGGUUCUGGCGAUCGUCGGCCCGCUCGUGGCCGGCAGCGAGCGCGGCGAAGCGAGCGUGACGCGGCUUUACGAAGUGCUCGCCGGCUUCACCGCCGCCGGCGCCGAGGCCGACCGCCUCCGCAUCGACCCGUCGAUCGCCCGCGGCCUCGACUACUACACGGGCCUUGUGCUCGAGACCACACUCGACGAUCUGCCCGAUAUCGGCAGCGUCGCCAGCGGCGGUCGCUAUGACGACCUCGCCGGCCUCUACACCAACCAGACGCUCCCCGGCAUCGGCGCGUCGCUGGGCGUCGAUCGCUUGCUCGCCGCGAUGGAAGAGCUCGGCUUGGUGGGCGACGCCCGCACGCCCGCCGACGCGCUGGUGGUCUUCUUCGCUGAAGACCGCCUCGGCGACUACCUCAAACUCGCCGCCAGCCUCCGCACGGCGGGCGUCGGCGCCGAGCUCUACCCCGAUGCGAAGAAGCUCGGCGUCCAACUCAAGUACGCCGACAAGAAGGGCUUCCGCCUCGCCGUCAUCGCCGGCCCCGACGAACUCGCCCGCGGCGAAUGCCAAAUCAAGUCCCUCGCCACGGGCGAAAGCACCACCGUCCCCCUCAACGAAGCCCCCGCAACCGCGCAGCGGCUCUUGUAA